AUGUCUGACGAUCCGAAAUACGACGAUAUCCAGUCCGACUCUGACUCUGGAGAGUCCAUCGACGCCCAGGACAACGCCGUCGAAGAAAAGGCCCUCAAGCCCGCCCUCAAGAAGUCCAACCCCGUCAUCCCCGACAAGACGGUCGCAAAGCCCCCGUUGCCCCCACAGACCGAUCCCAAGGAUCUCGAUGUUUCCAUCCUGACGCCUCUCACCCCCGAGAUUAUUGCCCGACAAGCCACCAUCAACAUUGGUACCAUUGGUCAUGUCGCUCACGGAAAGUCCACCGUCGUCAAGGCCAUUUCCGGUGUCCAGACAGUUCGAUUCAAGAACGAGCUGAUCCGUAACAUCACCAUCAAGCUGGGUUACGCCAACGCCAAGAUCUACCAGUGCGAUAACGCUGCAUGCCCUCGUCCUGGCUGCUACCGAAGCUACGGCAGUGAGAAGGAGGUUGACCCUCCUUGCGAGAGAGAUGGCUGCGGUGGCACAUACCGUCUGCUGCGACAUGUUUCAUUUGUUGACUGCCCUGGUCACGAUAUUCUCAUGAGCACCAUGUUGUCAGGUGCAGCUGUCAUGGACGCCGCCCUUCUGCUGAUCGCAGGCAACGAAUCCUGCCCUCAGCCUCAGACAUCAGAGCAUUUGGCCGCCAUCGAGAUCAUGAAGCUCGAGAACAUCAUCAUCCUGCAGAACAAGGUCGACCUGAUGAGAGAAGAAAUCACUCAACAGCACUUUGACUCGAUCCUCAAGUUCAUCCGUGGAACUGUUGCUGAGAAAUCUCCCGUCAUCCCCAUCUCUGCUCAGCUCAAGGUCAACGUCGAUGCCGUCCUCGAUGCCAUUGUCAACACCAUCCCUGUUCCCGUCAGAGAUCUCUCCCUUUCACCACACAUGAUCAUCAUUCGUUCCUUCGACGUCAACAAGCCCGGUGCUGAGAUUGACGACCUGAAGGGUGGUGUUGCCGGUGGUAGUAUCCUGCACGGCGUUCUCAAGCUUGGUGAUGAGAUCGAGAUUCGCCCCGGUAUUGUUUCCCGCGACAACAGCGGUGCUCUCAAGUGCACUCCUCUCUUCAGCAGAGUCAUCUCUCUCAACUCAGAAGGCAACGACCUCAAGUACGCUGUUCCCGGUGGUCUGAUUGGUGUCGGUACCCAGAUCGAUCCCACCCUUUGCCGUGCUGAUCGUCUGGUCGGUUUCGUCCUGGGCCUCAAGGGCAAGCUCCCCGAUAUCUACAGCGAAAUCGAAAUCAACUUCUACCUCCUCCGACGUCUGCUUGGUGUCAAGACUGCCGAUGGCAAGCAGGCCAAGGUCGCCAAGCUGGCCAAGAACGAAGUCAUCAUGGUCAACAUUGGUUCCACAUCCACCGGUGCCAAGGUUGCUGCCAUCAAGAACGAUGCUGCCAAGCUGAUCCUAACCAGCCCCGUCUGCACGGAUAUUGGCGAGAAGGUUGCCCUCAGCCGACGUAUCGACAAGCACUGGCGUCUUAUUGGAUGGGCUACAAUUGCUGCUGGUGUUACUCUGGAGCCCAGCUCUGCAUAAGCAUAGAGCUAGGAAAGAGUAAACUUAUCUAUGAAGCGAUGUGUUAUUAUGGGUUUUGGGUGGGGAGCGAAAAAAGAAACUUAUGCUUCGGGUUGUAGUAUAUCAGCAGAAUUAUCGACCUAACCAGCGAUUUUUCUUGCAGCGGUGUGAAGAAACGGGGAAGGAGAAGGAGAGAAAAGGGGAGACAGCGAUUAGUCGGUUCCAAACGAGCCAUACAGAGCAGGAUUGAAACGCCUUCCCAGAGGCUAGGUAGCGGCGUCAGGAAAGGUGCCCUUCAUUGGUGCUAUAAAGCUAUAGAAGUUCUUUUUUUUUUCUUUACCCAGGAUGAUAAUGGUGAAGAGAGAGAGAGAGAAAAGCACAAAUAGCUGCUAGGUCAAUUUUUGUGUUGAAGAAUUGGACAAUCCAUAAUAUAUAAAUCAUCAUGC